GGGGGGCGCUGCUCACUUUCUACGCGCCUUAUCGUCCGUCUGUACUUCCGUCCUGCUUUUUCCUUUUCCGGUUAUGGAGGUCUGACAUCAAGAUAUUUAGACGCAGCUGCGCUGUAAACAACGACGAAGUCAAACGCGGAAAGUGAAACGUAACUGAAGAUGCCGGUGGCGGUAGGUCCGUACGGCCAGAGCCAGCCCAGCUGCUUCGACCGGGUCAAGAUGGGCUUCAUGAUGGGGUUUGCCGUGGGAAUGGCUGCUGGUGCCAUGUUUGGCACCUUCUCCUGCCUCAGGAUCGGCAUGCGUGGUCGAGAGCUGAUGGGAGGAGUCGGGAAGACCAUGCUGCAGAGCGGAGGAACAUUCGGGACCUUCAUGUCCAUCGGUAUGGGCAUCCGCUGCUGAGCUCCUGCGGCGCACGUACAGACACUUUCCAUGGACCUGCAGUGGGGGGGGCCCACCAGUUCUAGUUUUGUCAAUUAAAGUUCUGUUUUGUCCAAACGG